GGAAGAAGACUCAAAAAAAAGUAGACAAGGUAGCCCGUAGAGUCCAAAGAGUGAACUGCUUGCAUGGUGAGCUGCCAUUUGUAAGUUACACGUUUCGAUACAACUUCACCUCCUCUCCUUCUACGUUCAUUGAACCCCCUUCUCUCUCCUCCGCCCGCCCUCCCUCCCUCUCUCUAGUGUCUCUACACAACCCAUAAAUGCAAAACCAAAUGGUCUUCUUCUUCUUCUUGAUUCCCUAACCAUGCUUUACUACUGCGACGACCUCGUUUUGUUCGGCUUGGACCUCCACCUCUUCCAGAGAGUGGCGGACUUCUUCAUCUCCAUUGCCUGCUUCUCCAUCCCUCUCGAGCUCCUCUAUUUCCUCUCUCGCUCCUCUGCCUUCCCCUUCCGCUUCCUCUUCCUUUGGUUCUCUUCUUUCAUCCUCCUUUGCGGCUUCACCCACUUCUUCUUGGUGGUUGCCACCCAGCGAUGCUCCUUCGCUUUUUGGGUCACGUUGACUGUGAUCAAGCUGUGUACUGCUCUGGUGUCGCUCGUGAUCUCGCUUGCUCUGCUCAGGCUUAUUCCCAAGAUGUUGAACGUGAUGGUGAGGGAGGACUUGUUGCGGAGGAAGACGAGAGAGCUGGGUGUGAAGGUGGAGUUGAUGAGGAGGAACGAGGAGACGUGUCAGUGUAUGAGGAUGUUGACUCGGGAGAUUAGGAAGUCGUUGGACCGCCACACCAUUCUGUACACCACCAUUGUGGAGCUCGCUAGGGCUUUGUUCCUGGAUAAUUGCGCCAUCUGGGCGGUGGACGACUCGGGCUCGGUGGCGACGCUGAUUCAUGACUUGAGUAGGAGGGAGAAUCCGGUGUCGAUCCCAGUGGAGGGUUCGGAGUUGAUGGACAUUUUGGGUGGGGAUGGGGUUAAGCUUUUGGGGUCCAAUUCGAAGUUGGGUCGGGAGACGGGGAACGGUUUGGGCCUGGCGAUUCGGGUGCCGAUGCUUAGGGUUUCAGAUUUCGGUGCGGCGAAGGCUUGUCACGCCAUCCUGGUUUUGGUUCUUCCAGAAGAUGAGGUCAGGAUUUGGAGCCCAGAAGAGUUCGAACUUGUGGAAGUUGUGGCAGACCAGGUGGCUGUGGCACUGUCUCAUGCUGGAAUUGUUGAAGAUUCAGUAAUGAUGAUAGAAAAACUCAUGGAACACAAUAUUGUUCUGCAUAGAGCUAUAGAGAUGGCCCUGAUGGCUAAUGAGUCAAUGUGCUUGGCGCAGAAGGUGAUGAAUCUAGAGAUGGUUAAACAGAGUCGAUCAAUUGCUGCAAUUCUGUCAAUUCUGCAGAUUGAGAAAAUGGGAUCAGAGAAACAGAGUAGAAUCGUUGGUCAUAUAGCAAAGAUAAGUCAUGUGUUGUCUGCUUUGAUGGAAGAUGCGAUUGGGUUUUUGGGUUUGGGAGACUAUAGAUUACAACUGAAGUCUCGGGUGUUUAGCCUCCAUUCAAUGUUGAAAGACAUCGAGAGCAUAUCCAGGCUCUUGUGUGCUUUCCAGGGAUUGAAUUUUGAGAUGGAGGUGCCCGAGAAGUUGCCAGAUCAUGUAAUUGGAGACCACACGAGGAUUCUUCAGGCUGUUCUGUACAUGCUGGGAAAUGUCUUGUGUUUGGGAGACGGUGGAAGCUUUGUUCUCUGUGUAUCUUCCAUUAACAGUACAGACACUAAUUGCUUAAAAUGGAAACAACUUACUUACGAGGACUCAGCUCUCUUGAAAUUCGAGGUCUGCAGAACUAAUUCAAAAGAAUACGACCCGAGUUCAUCAGAAGAGAUCCGUGAAAAACACAACUCUGAACCUGCUAAUCCUGGGAUUUUUAGGUUCAAUACAUGUGAAAGGAUGGCAAAGCUCAUGCAUGGGACUCUAUCAAUCGGCCCCAGCUCUUUGGGGUCUGGUAGAAGUAUGAACUUGACAAUCAGAUUACCUAUCCAUCCAUCGGAGGGAUGUCUUAUUGAACCAAGGUGCAUGGAUCCCCAGACUGCGGGAUGCCUUUUCAAAGGAAUGAAAACCCUCCUUGCUGACAGUGAUAGUUUCAACCGAUCCAUUACCAGGAAACUAAUGACAAACUUAGGCUGUCACCUAACAGUUGUUUCAUCUUGGUGCCAAUGUAAAGAAACUCUUCAAUUGAGAGGAAGCCAUUUUCAUCUACUGCUGAUAGAAGACGACCUUUUGGAAGAGGAUGGAAAGCAGAUCUUUGCUUGGAUAAGAAAAUUAAGCUUGAGAAGUUUGCUUAGGGUAGUUGCACUAACAUCAGAAUCCAAUUGGGAUAUCCAGAGUUGGUGUCUUCACCAUGGAACUGAUGGUGUAAUUCGCAAGCCCGUCAUACUGGAAGAGCUGGAGGAUGUGUUGCAAAGGGUUUUUCUGCUAAAAGAGGGUACACCCUUCCCCUUCCUACAAAAUCCAGAUUGAAUUACACAUAAGUUUGAGAAAUCUUUUCUUGUUUGGUUUUUUGUUACAGAGAAAAGUACAUCCUGGGAAGUUAUAGCAUUUUCCUUUUUUUUCUUUUUUUUUUGUUCUUUUGGGUUUUGUUUAAACAUUGUAUUAUGGAGUUCGACUAGGUAGGGAACACAGAAUUGGAAACCUAGAAGUUAAUACAUUCACGUUGCAAGAUGGGAAUGCUUGAUCCAGAUUUAUCAUGAAUCAACUACAUCAGCUAGAUGAGAGAGAGAUUUCACCCAGAAAGUUGGAGGAGAUUUGAUCUUCAUAGGGGAAAAAAUAAUAGUUUGGAAGCCUUAAAGCUUGUACACAAUAGUUGCCGAUACUCAUAAAACUGCACUUGAACAACGCCACUAAAAAUCUUAAACCACAUCUGCACCAAACCAACCCAAAAGAUUACGAAUGAGUGGGGAAAGAUCUCUCAGUCAUCGUCAAUGUAUAUGGUUUCUUGUUUAAACAGGCCUCCAAACACCUUCCUCACUUCUGCCUUUGAUUCGGGUUGUUUACCUUUAGGCUUUGGCUCCUCCUUGGGUUUGAAAGCCGGGGGUCUUGGAAAAGUGGGCAGUUUGACAACUGCUUUCUUUGGCUGGAGGGACCGAGCCUUGGCCUGUCCCCUGACAGUUGCAAUCUGCACUUUAGGUUUCUCAGUGGGCUUUUGAACAGAAAUGGCAAGCUGGGAGCUGAACUUUUCCCAGGAGAGUCCAGAGCCAAGGUCUUUGGCUUUACUCAAGAAGACCUCCACAGAAGCCCCAGCAGCCUCGGCCUUCUCUUUGGCCUCAUCAGCCAGAGUAGCAGCACGGGUUUCUUGCUCUGAGAGCUUUUUCACCUCUUGUUCAAGCUUCUUUGCAGCCUCGGCUGCUUCACGGGCUUUCUCAGUGGCUUUAAGUGCUUCUUCCUCUGCUUUUGCCUUGGCCAGUGCUUCUGCGUAGGCUUCCCUCCUUCCAUCCUUAGGAAUGGCACUGCAA